CUCAAUUCCCCGCUCCUGAGACCACCACGAGGCUUGGAUCCCUUUGCCAACCCGACCCUACAUGUGGGGGCCCCCGACUGUUCCUGCGUGCUUCUCCAUGGGGGACGUGCCCCCCUUUUCUUACCGUUCGAGAGCGUGGCCUCAAGUGCCCUCCCCAUGGACCCAGUUCGCGAACACCGGGCCAUCGGCUUCUCAGAGGCCCACCCGGUCUUUUUUCUUUUCCCACAGCCAACAGGAGAGGCUAGGCCGUAAGCGAUACCACCUUUCCACAACUCCACGCCGCCUUUUUUUCUUCCCCCAAGGCUAGGCCGUAUUCGAUCUUACACACCAAAAGGGGGCUUCAGGAGGCUGUAGACUAUAUAAGCCGACUACUUCUUCCCCCCCUGAACGUCGGGUCAAACGACGGUGUUCCAGGAUUCUCCCAGGCUGUCCAGAGCCGAGACAUCCCGAAAGCAAAGACUACGUGCAGCACCAACAGGCAGUCGCUGUUCAAUCUCGGGCUUUGUUGAUUAUCCCGCCCCAUAUUCCACGGCUCACUCAGCCUUGCGAUCAGAGCAAAGCCAUCACCAUGGUGAACCCAGUCGAGGAACUCGCCACGCUGCCGGGCGGCGACACGCCCUGGUACAAGCAGUCCCACCUGCGGAAGCUUAACUUCAUCACGCUGUCCAUGGUCCUGUUCUCCUCAGCCAACGGCUACGACGGCUCAAUCAUGGGCGGCCUCCUCGCCCUGCCGCGCUGGAACACCUUCAUGCACAAUCCCUCAGGCGCCUACCUGGGCUGGAUCACGGGCAUCUACUGGGUCGGCAACGGCAUCGCCUUCCCCGUCGCAGCAUGGCUGUCCAACAACUACGGGCGCAAACUCGGCAUCUACAUCGGCUACCUCUUCCUGGUCCUCGGGGUCGUCAUGCAGGCCGCGGCCCAGAACGAGGUCACGUUCACCUACUCGCGGCUGUUCGUGGGGAUCGCGGCCUCGUGGCUGGGCAACUCGGCCCCGCUGCUGAUCAACGAGAUCGCGCACCCGAGGCAGCGCUCCGUGGCCAACGCGCUGUUCAUGGUCGGCUGGUACUUUGGCGGGACGCUCUGCGGCUGGGUCACGUUCGCGUGCCGCGACAUCCCGUCCGACUGGUGCUGGCGGAUCCCCGUCGUGCUGCAGAUCGUGCUGCCCUUCAUGGCGCUCCCGGGCUUCCUGCUGUCCCCCGAGUCCCCCCGCUGGCUCAUCAGCGUCGACCGCGUCGAGGAGGCCACCCAGAUCCUGGCGACGCACCACGCCGGCGGCGACAGGGGCGACCCCCUCGUGUCGUACCAGGUCGUCGAGAUCCAGGCGACCAUCACGGCCGAGAGGGAGGCCUCCAGCAGCGCCUCGUACGCGGACAUGGUGCGCACCCCCGGCAACCGCCACAGGCUGUUCAUCUCCAUCAGCCUGGGCAUCUUCGCGCAGUGGGCCGGCAACGGCGUCGUCUCGUACUACCUGCCCCUCGUGCUCAACUCUGUCGGCGUGAGUUCCGUCACGCACCAGACGCUCAUCUCGGCGUGCCUCAACGUCUGGAACCUGCUGUGGGCCAUCGCGGCCGCGACCAACGUGGACCGGCUGGGGAGGCGGUUCCUGUUCCUCACCUCGGCGAGCACCAUGCUGGUCAGCUUCAUCAUCAUCACGGGCCUCAGCGGUGCGUUUGCCGAGUCUGGGUCCGCGCAGAUCGGGCUGUCUGUCAUCCCGUUCUUGUUCGUCUUCUUUGCCGGAUAUGAUAUCGCCAUGACACCCUUCCUGACAGCCUACCCCUGCGAGAUCUGGCAGUUCAGCCUCCGCUCCCGCGGUCUAACAGUAACCUGGUGCUCGACGGUCGUCGCCAUCUUCAUAAACACAUUCGUCAACCCCAUCGCGCUGGAGGCCAUCCACUGGAAGUACUACAUCGUAUUCAUCGUCAUGCUGACGCUCCUGCUCAUCACCGUGUUCUUCGCGUACCCGGAGACGCGCGGCCACACCCUCGAGCAGAUGGCCGUCAUCUUCGACGGCGCCGACGCCGCGGUCCCGCCGCCCGCCGCGGUGAGCGAGAAGUCAGCGAUGAUGCAUGUGGUCACGCAUGCGUCUUCGUCUUCACAUACCGAGGAGGCGCAUCGCGGUGAGGUGGAGCGGAGGGUCUAACAAGGUUUUUUUAAUUGAAGGGUUAUUAUUCCGUGGCACACAGCUAGUAAUGGUACUCGCUGAAGGAAAGGGGGGUUUUAAGAUACAUGAGCUUACGUGACAAGACAUCCUAAUACAUACCUGAUGAAUGCACA